CUGACGUGGGGGGCGGGGUCUGCGGGGUGUCGUUUGUGCGGCGCUUGCGUGGCCAAGAUGGCAGGGCCGGUGAAGGACCGUGAAGCGUUCCAGAGGCUCAGCUUCCUGUACCAGGCCGCCCACUGCGUCCUUGCACAGGACCCCGAGAACCAGGCGCUGGCGAGGUUCUACUGCCACACAGAGAGGACCAUCGCGAAGCGGCUGGUCUUGAGGCGAGACCCCUCGGUGAAGAGGACCCUCUGUCGGGGCUGUUCUUCCCUCCUCAUCCCAGGCCUGACCUGCACGCAGCGCCAGAGACGCUGCAGGGGACAGCGCUGGACAGUACAGACCUGCCUAACAUGCCAGCGCAGCCAACGGUUCCUCAACAAUCCUGGGCAUGUGCUCUGGGGAGACCGGCCUGAGGCCCAGCUUGGGAGCCAGGCAGAUCCCAAACCACCACAGCCCCCACCAAACACAGCCCACCUUCUUGAGGAGAAAAUGGAGCCUCAAAGCUUCAGUCACCAGUGAUGGAUUCACCCUGUCUUCCAAAUAAAGUUUAAUUGUGUUUCA